CAUCCAAGACAAAAAGAUGUCCCCUACCAUUCUCAUUCUCCUCUACGCCUUCUUCCUCAGCGAGGCGGCAGCCACCGCACCACCGCCGCCACCGCCUCUCCGGCAGGGCUUCUAUGCAGAAACUUGCCCGGCGGCAGAGUCCAUCGCCCGGAAUAUUCUCCGGCGAGCCAUGGCCAGAGAUGCUAGGAGUGCUGCCUCAGUGAUGAGGCUACAGUUCCACGACUGCUUUGUCAAUGGAUGCGAUGGAUCGUUGCUGCUGGAGAAGAGAGGGAGAAUGGAGGGUGAGAAAUCAGCACUGUCGAAUAUAAAUUCGGUGAGGUCUUAUGAAGUGAUCGAUGAGAUUAAGGAGGCAAUGGAGGCAGCCUGUCCUGCUGUGGUUUCUUGUGCUGAUAUCAUUAUCAUGGCUGCUAGAGAUGCUGUUCUUUUGAGCGGAGGUCCAAAUUGGGAGGUAAAAUUAGGACGAAAAGACAGUUUAUGGGCAAGUUUAGAAGCUGCAAAUGAAAUAAUGCCAAGUCCUAGAGCCAAUGCAACAUUUCUCAUCCACCUCUUUUCCCGCUACAAUCUCACCGUAAAAGAUCUUGUCGCCCUCUCCGGCUCUCACUCCAUUGGCAAAGCUCGUUGCUUCUCCGUACUAUUUCGCCUCUACAACCAAUCCGGCUCGGGCAAGCCGGAUCCCGCCAUCAACCCUACCUUCCGGAAGGAUCUUGACAAGCUAUGUCCGCAACACGGGGACGUGGAAGUAACCGCCAAUCUUGAUGCAACUCCAAAGAGAUUCGACAAUCAAUACUAUAGAGAUUUGGCUCAUGGACGAGGAUUCUUGAAUUCGGACCAAACAUUGUACACAUCGAUGGAGACUCGCAAGUAUGUGAAACUGUUUGCAAGGAGCGAGGAGGAAUUCUUUAUAGCGUUUGUACGAGGAAUGGUUAAAUUGGGUGAUAUUCGAUCGGGUUUGCAUGGAGAGAUUCGUAGAAAUUGUAGAGUUGUUAAUUGACGAUGGUGAUUAUAAGCUUUGGCUAGAAGAGACAAAAUGAUAAUAAUGUUUUACUCUAUUUGUCUUUGAAAAGUAUGUUUAUACUUUUGGACAUAAGUUUUAUGAUGGAUGAGUAAUAAUUAAUACUCUUUA